UGAUGCGCGUAACCACCGACCGACUCCAUCAUCAGCAUCCGACGCUGACAGCGGUCGAAGACAACCGAGCCGCGGUAGCAACGCAGAACCCCUCAGAAUCCGGCCGAGCUGCACCGACGCCGCCGUCUUGUGACAAUACUGCAGAUUCCAGGCUGCCAUCUUACCGACCAGCCAGCUGCAGAAACAGUGAGUAGCCUUUUGAUGACGGACCGCCGGGAUGCUACAAUCGUGUGUGUGCCCCCACUACCUGCAUUAGGUUGUGAUGACCCACACUACUUCCAAAUGUAUCUGUGACCCUCCCCAAUCCUGACUCCUAACCUCUAAUCCCUGACCUUUGACCUCCACUAUGGGCAGUGUUGGCAGUGGGGUGGCAGGAGAGCAGGAAUUUGCCAUGAAGUCCGUGGGCACGAGGACCACCCUGCCUCGAGCUCCCCCCCUCUCUCGCCGUUGCCCUGCAGACCGCAGCUGCAGCGCAGAGCGGCUGCCCCGCCCCCCGGCGACUAUUUCGGAUGGGACGGCGUCAAGCGAUGAACGAGGCAGUGUUAGUAUUGGGACUGGGACCUGCACUGGGACUGACCGGCCAACAGAAACAGCCUCCUCAACCCACACUGAAUGUACCAUGACCGCCCCCUCCAACAACAACAACCAGUUGGACUGUGGGAACGUAGCUGUCAGAAGGGAGAGGGAAUGGGAGAGGGAGAGGGAGAGACAGCGCGAGAGGGGCAGGGAUCGGGACCGAGACUGGGACCGGGAGAGGCUCGAGAGGGAACGUGAAAGGGAGAGGAACCGGGAGAGGGAGCGGGAGCGGGUGGAGAGGGAGAGGCUGGAACGUGAGAGGGAGCGUGAGAGGGAGCGGGCCAGGGAGAGGGAGAGAGAGAGAAUAGAAAGAGAGAAGAUAGAGAGGGAGAGGGAACGAGAAAGGGAGAGAGAAAGGGAGCGGGAAAGAGAGAGGCUGGAAAACGAGCGGAUGGAGAGGGAGAGGGAGAUGCAGAUGCAGAUGCAGAUGCAGAUGCAGGCGGCAGGUCUGGAUGUCUGUGGAAACAUUGUGGGUCGAGGAGUCAGCGAGAAGACCAGUGUGGGCAUGAACCACCACCAGCACAGAGAGAUGGUUGCAACCAGAACUGACAAUGAAAACAAUCCAGUCGGCCACAAUCCUCCAAACCACAACCCGCCUAAGAUCAUGGCCGUGUCAGGAAAACUGGAGCAGGCGAUGCAGAGCACCUCCGGCCUUGUUCGUCCCUCCGCCUUCAAGCCGGUGGUUCCAAAAAGCUUUCACUCCAUGCAGAACCUGGUGGGCCAGGCGGGAGGGUCCGGGGGUGAGGGAAAGACUGACGCCAGGGGUGAGGGGUUUAGUGAAGGCAGAGUAGGCAGGAGAGGCAGGGAUGCAGCGGGAGGGGAGACAGGGGAGGUGCCAGAGGCCUUGCUCCUGGACCAAGACAGUCCAGUUAGGAUCGGCAGGAGCGACGGAGGGGGAAAUGGUACUGAGGUGGCUCAGGGAGGGAUGUCAGAUUCAGGGAGAAACUCCCUGACCAGUCUGCCCACCUAUACAGGCUCGGGGUCUGGGUGUGGGCCCCCAGCAGUCUUAGGGCCCCUCAGUGCUUCUACCAGCCACAUUAACAGGUUGGGCAUGGUGGGGGCAGCUGCAGGUCUGGACAAACUGGAAAAGCCCGGCUACCAGAACGGGCUGAGUGCCUCAGACAGCGGUCGGUCCUCCUCGGGGAAGAGCUCCUCAUCCUAUCAAAGGCUGAACCACCUGAGCGACGCUCCAGCACCCCUGCGACCCUCCCCCUCCUCUGAUGACAUCAUCCAGGACCUUGAGGAUCGUUUGUGGGAGAAAGAGCAAGAGGUGCAACACAUGCGCAGAAACCUGGACCAAAGUGAGGCAGCCAUCAUUCAGGUGUUUGAGGAGAAGCAGCGCGUUUGGGAGAGACAGAUGGACGAGCUGAGACAGAACUAUGCUUCACGUCUGCAGCAGGUUACUCGACGGGCUCAGCGCUCCCAGACCGCCCUGCAGGCCCAGAUAACUCGUCUGUCCCAGGACAAGAGGAGGCUCCAGGAGGAGAUGGCAGCUCUGUUGGCUCAGAGAGAGGAGCUGGAGAGAAAGUGCCUGGAUUAUAGGAAAGAACAGGCUGACAUCCUGCCUCGUCUGGAGGAGACCAAGUGGGAGGUGUGUCAGAAAGCAGGUGAGAUCUCCUUGCUGAAGCAGCAGCUCCGGGAGAGCCAGGCUGAAGUGACCCAGCGGGCCGGAGAGAUGGUGGCCUUAAGGGGCCAGCUGAAGGAGCUCAAUGCCCAGCUGAGGGAACGGGAGGAGGUCAUGCUCGGCCUGAAGGACUCCUACAGCACAAAGUGUCUGGAACUGGAGAAAUGUGAAGGCGAGCUGAGGAGGACGCUGUCUGAGGUGUCCAUCCUGAGGGAGAAGUUGGGUGUGUUUGAGGCAGAAGUGCUAAGUUUAAAGCGUGCUCUGAGUGAAGCUAGCAGAGGGGCAGAAGUGACUGUGGGCCCUAACUUAGCUGCAGCAGGGCUGUUGCCACCAUGGGGAACUGUCCACUGCCCCCGAAACUCAACUGAGCCCUCCACCAGUUCGCUCACCCCGACAUCCGACACCCUGCUCAGCCUGCAAAGUGAUGAAGCUAAAGCCCAAAGGCAGGAAGCUCAGAGACAGGAGAGGCAGCAGCGUGAAGAAGCUCAGUGGCGCGAUGCGCAGCACCGGCAAGAUAACCAUAUGCAACAGGACAUCCAGAUGGGUCAGAACCCACAGAUCAGACCAGAGACCCAGCUCCGACAGGAGGCCCAGCUCCGCCAGGAGGCUCACCUCCGCCACGAGGCCCAAAUCCGUCAAGAAGCUCAAAUACGGCAGGAAGCACAGCUGCGUCAGGAAGCGCAGCUUCGCCAGGAAGCCCAGCUCCGUCAUGAGGCUCAAAUGCGUCAAGAGGCCCAGCUCCGCCAUGACUCACAACUCUGCCAGGACAUGCAACUGCGUCAGGAUGCGCAUCAGCCACAGCGGGCCACAGACAGUCAUUGGGAUGAAGCAGGAGAGCUGCGCAGACAGCUUGAGCAGCUGCAGGCUGUAUUACGCCUGGAACGCCAGCAGCGGGAGCGACAGGCCCUCAACUUUGACCAGGAACGGCACACCUGGCAGGAUGAGAAGGAACGGGUUUUGAAAUAUCAGGCACAACUACAGCUCAGCUAUGUUGAAACUCUACAGAAAAACCAAGCUUUGGAAAAACGAAUGGGCCAGUUGGGAAGCAAACAAACCACAUCCUCCACCACUACUGUUACAACUACCACCACCACAUCCCCCACCUCCUCCAACUCUCCACCGCCAGCCAUGUCACCUUUGUCUCCUCACCAGCCCCCUUCCUUCUCUGGUCCUGCUUCUCUUUCUGGUCCUUCAUCUCUUUCUGGUCCCCCUUCCCACUCUGGUCCUCCAUUUAUUUCUGGUCCACCUUCCCUUUCCGGUCCUCCUUCAAUCUCUGGUCCUCCUUCCCUAUCUGUUCCUCCCUCCCUCUCUGGUCCAAUCGCCCUCACCCUCUCCCCUCCCUGUGAAGACCAAAAGGGCCCCCCGUCGCUCCAUCAACUUGCUCCUCCCUGGGCCGGACCGUCACGCCUGGAGAGGAUAGAGUCAACAGAGAUAUAGACACAGCUUCAUGAAGCUAAUGCUCAUUUUUUCUACACUAACAGUGGCAAGGCCUCUUACACAAAACCCAUUUCAGCGUACAGUAGAAAACAAGGUCUAAAACAAUUUCAAACACAUUUUCAAAGCAACAAAACUAUCAGGAACAAACAUCAUAUCAACAGGAAGCUGACCUGCAUUUUUCAUUAUCGCUGAAUUUUUAACCUCCUGAGAGGCCUUUUUGUCUCUCUUAGUGUUGCACACUGAUACAUCUUACAUUAUCUGAAACAUGUGCCACAGUGAUGGAUGGAAAAAAUAAAAAACAAAGAAAAUGAAUUUUAAUUACAGCAGUAAAACAUGCGUCAUUCAAUGCCCAUUCUAGAAAAGGAACCAGACAAUCAGGGAUAUUGUCAGAAAUGAUCAAAAAGAAUAUAUUGUGCUGUUUAUUCACUGUAAGUCUGUGUCGCUGGUUAUGUAAAAGUAGAAUUAGGUGUCAGAGUGUGUGACUUCAACUUACAUUUUUGGCCAGAGAGCGCCUUACCCCACCCUUCCCAGCAAGUGUAAGAGAGUAAACUAGUGCUGGGAACUGAAGAAGAAGAAAAAAAAGAUAGAGAGCUAGUUAUUUAUUUUCAGUGCUUUAAAAGUAAUAUCAGCAAACCAGCUGCGCAAGACUAUUAUACGGGGUUGGACUGUUUACUUUUUAAAUCUCAGCAGAUGUUGACCUCCAAGGUCUCACACACACACAUCCACACACACAUACAGAUUCUUCAUGCACAGGGUCCAACGUACAUGACCCACUUAAACACUAAGACCAAGAGAAUUUAUAUUUUCUACAAUUGAAUUUAAAUACAAUUGCUUAGCAGAUAAUCAGCCCAAACUGAGUAUAGAUUACAUUUUUUCACUUAAGAGAACACAAUCAGCUCUCACUUCAGAUUCUCUGCAGUGACUAAAGACGAACACUAGAGGUCACGGGAGCAAGUUUCCAGCCAAACUCCUUCGCUGAACGUGAAUGUACACACACCGUUUGAAUUUGAAUAUUAUUAUGAUAAUUGUGUCUUGUGUGCAUUCACAGCCAAGAAACCAGUCAGUCAGCCAGUCGGUACCCCCAAAGUGAAGAAUUUUAUAGAAUGUAUGAUAUAUGAUAGAAAGAAAUACCUAUAAUAGUUAUAGAUUGUAAAUGUGCGGGUGUGAGAAAAUAUGAAAGUGUGCAUGUGUGUACAUAUGAAAAGCUUCAGCUUAUGAGGUUGAAGAUAGAGGGACUAGUGGCAAUAAAAACGGAGAUAUAUGAAGAGAAAAUAUACAAUGUUUAUUCAAAAUAAAUGUUGAGACAUUGAGUAAGAUGCAAAUAAAAAAAAUUGCAAUGAUUUGCAAAUCUCAUACAAGCAUAUAAGACGAGCUUCCAUAAGGUGGCAAUGAUCAUUUUUAUAGAUAAGGUGAGGAGAUCUGUCAUCCAGAAGGAGCUCGGUGCAGAACUGCUGAAAGACGUCAGUUGAGGUAAUCUCUGAUUUUGAGGCAUGUCCCAUCGUGAGUAGACCCCGGGGCAGACCCAGAACUCACCAAAGGGGCUGUAUUUCCCUUCUGACCUUGUGAAAUCAUGCAGCUCUACCUGUGGGGUAGCAAAGUGGUUUAAAUCAGGGACCGGAAACUGUGUUGCAGCUAUCAAGGGAUCACACUUGUCAGCCUUACUGGAAAAGCUUUCUUUAGGCUCUUACCAAUUGUCAAACCUCAGAUUCAAGAGAAGCGGUAUGUGUCAAAAUGUUGGUUAUACUGACAAUUACAGAGGCAGAACAGCAGUUUUAACAGUUUAUUUGUAACACGACCAGAAUGAGACCGAAUCUGCCGGAGGGAUUGCAAAUAACCGGUUUUAUUUAUGAAACGUGGAAUGGACAUGAAGGUGAGAUGGCAGUUUUAGGAAGGACUGAUAAUGGAAUCAAUCUUGAAGGGGCCAAGGAAUAUCGGUUCAUGUUUCUUUGAGUAUGCUUUAAAAGUGAAGUUCCGGGAGGAAAGCCAAACCUGCAGGUGUCCUCCUUCUGUCAGCAUAUUACUUGUUUUGGCAGGAAGUUCAUUGCAGGGCGGUUUUGGUUUGAUUCAAAAUUGUCUGGCUGCGGAGAAGAUGGGUCUUUACUAAUGGAAGGAUGGAGUCAGCGAAAGAGGCAGGGAGGGUUGAAGGCUGGUAGCCUGAAAAGGUGACAGACCAGAUGCUGCUGAAACAUGGGUAUUGUGGGCAUAUUGAACCUACAUGAAAUGUUUGCUCCAUGAAGUGGAAUUGUUAGUGCAAAGGCACCGGAGGAUGUUCUUGAGUUCUUGUUUCAGUCUUUCACAUUGGCCAUUGGUUUGAGGGUGGAACCCAGAGGAGAGCUGGGAUUUAGCUCCCAGAGCAGAGCAAAAAUUUUGCCACACUUGAGAAAUGAACUGGGGCCCUCUGUCGGAAAUGAUUUCCCGAAGGGAUGCCAUGGAGCCUGAAAACAUGGUUAUUAAGAAGCUUAGCAAUUUCAGCAGCAGAAGGGAGUUUUGAAAGGACCAAUAAAUGACAGGCUUUGGAGAAGUGGACGAUGAUGGAUAAUAUGACCGUUUUAUUUUUGGAUGGAGGGAGACUAGUAACAAAAUCUAAUGCGAUCUCAGACCAAGGGCAACUGGGAAUUGACAGUGGUUGAAGCCGACCAGCAGGAGGUCUGUAAGAAUAUUUGUUCCUUGCGCAUGUUGCACAAGCAGAAACAUGCACAAUGGCAUCUUUAUUUAAAGAGGGUCACCAGAAGUAUCUACAAAGCAGUGCAAUGGGGCAACUGGAGCCUGGAUUGUUAGAGAAUCUGGAUGAAUGUGCCCACUGGAUUACCAGAAAUCUGACGCUUGAUGGCACACAGAGGCGACCAGGUGGACCUCCUCCAAGAUCAGGUUCAUCUUGUGCUUUGCAGAUUCGCAGGACAGGGCACCAAUGACUCUGGCAUAGGGGAUAAUGGAUUUCGGUUCUUGAUCUUCAUCUGAAACAGAAAAUUGUCUGGAGAGGGCAUCAGGUUUUGACGUUCUUGGAGUCAGGACGGUAAGUGAUAGUAAAGUUGAACCAGAAGAAGAAUAAUGACCAACUUGGCUGACAGGAAUUGAGACGCUUAGCUGUUUGGAUGUAGGCCAGGUUCUUGUGGUCAGUCCAGAUAGUUAUUGGUUGUUCCCUCUAGCCAGUGCCUCCAUUCACCCAGAGCCAUUCUGGUGGUGAGGAGUUCACGAUCCCCAAUGUCAUAAUUGCAUUCUGCUGGAGAAAAACGUUUAGCAAAGACCACAAAGGUAUUACCAUCUGAUGGAGACCGCUGGGAGAGGACAGCUCUGACCCCUGUAUCUGAGGCAUCCACCUCCAUGAUAAACUGAGACUUGGGAUACGGAUGGGUAAGAAUGGGUGCUGUGAAGUACCUUUGUUUCAGGGUGGUGAAGGCUUCCUCAGCUUCUGGGGACCAGGUGAAGGGUUUCUUGAUGGAGGUGAGUGCUGUGAGUGGGGUUGCAAUGAGGCUGUAAUCAUGGAUGAAGCAACGGUAGACGUUGGUAAACCCAAGAAAUUGUUGGAGCUGUGUUUGGUUUGUAGGUGUAGGCCUGUCCACCCUCAAAAAUGAAUCCAAGGAAAGUUAUGUAUGACACAUGGUAUUCUCAGCUUUUACUAACAGACUGUUUUCAAGGAGCCGAUGGAGCACCAUGUUUCAUGUGUUUGUUGGGGUGUUUGGAGAAGAUCAAGAUGUCAUCAAGGUAAACGAAAACAAACACGUUAAUAAAGUCUCCCAGGACAUCGUUUACCAAAGCCCGGAAAACAGCAGGGGAAUUGGUUAUACCAAAUAGCAUUACUAGAUGCUCAAAGUGUCCAAUGGGGGUAUUAAAAGCGGUUUUCCACUCAUCCCCUUCUCUGAUCCGAACCAGAUGGUAGGCGUUCCGUAGGUCCAGGUUGGUAAAGAUUAUGGCUCCUUGAACUGAUUCGAAAGCUGAAGAAAGAAAAGGAAGUGAAUAUUUAUUUUUGACAGUUAUUUCAUUUAGGUUACGAUAAUCAUUGCAGGGUCUCAGGGUUUCAUCCUUCUUUGCGACAAAAAAACCCCAGCACCUACUGGUGACGAGGAAGACAGAUUAUGCUUCAAGACGUCUUGUAAGUACUGCUCCAUCGUCUCACAUUCCGCAUCAGACAUGCGAAAAAAGGCAUCCAGAUGGUAAGGGAAGGAGAUCUAUGGCGCAGUUGUAAGGAUAAUUAAGGCGCAGUGACAAAGCCAAACUUUUGCUGAACACUCUUUGGAGAUCAUGAUACUCAGGGGAAUGUUGGAGAGGUCAGGGGCUGACUGAGGUUUAGCAGGGGAAGAAGAGGAGCCACAGAGCAAAUGUUGGAUUUUAGAAUGAAACAGGGGUAAUUGGUCUGAUUGAUAGCGCCCGCCAGCGACCCCGGUUUUACGGGCGGGCCAGAUCUUUUGGGGUAACUGGGCAACUGAGAUGAAAAUGACCAGACAUACUACAGUAGAGAUACUGGCCGACGUUAAGAGACUUCUGUCUUUCCAUAGGGUACAGUCGGGCUCUACCUAUCUGCAUAGGUUCAAGAGAAUGAGGUCUUUGAGCUCUCUGAGUGUAGGGACCUGAUGAUGUCACAAGAGGUAAUGAAAUUUGCUGCUUUGAUGCUGAAUUUCGUUGGGUCUUCUUUUCUCUGGUUCUCUCCCUUAUAUGGUUUUCUAUGCGAAAGGAUAAGUCAAUAAGUUCCUCUAAAGACUUGUUUUCAUCGCGUCAGGCCAAUUCAUCCAUCAGUGUGUCAAUCAGAGAAUUUAGGACGGCUCCUUCAAGGGCCGGGGAGUUCCAACGUGAUUCUGCUGGAAAUGUGCGAAACUCGAUGGCCAUUUCAGCAACAGAUCUGGUGCCGUGUUUAAGUGUCCAUAGAUUCUUUGCAGCCCCCUCUUCGGACAGGCAACGGUUUGGUGUUUCCAGGAGGUGAUCUCAGAGCUGCAGGGCUGGACGUAGGAAAGGAAGGGAGACUCACGGCUGGAGCAGCAGAGAGUUGUUUCCAAAACUCACUGCAGCAUGAAUACAGCAAACAAGAGCUUCGAGUCCAGGACACUGUCACAGAAUGAUUAGAUCUGCAAAGUAGGACAAGAAACUCGAUUAGAGCUGGCUUUAGAAAAUGCAGAAAACUGCAGAACACGGCCACAUUGCCACGCUGGCAAAGACAAUAGGCUAACGCCUCCCUCCAGGUUGCUGCUCCUUAAGACGCCCUGGUGAUUGGGCUCAAUGAGAAACACUUGUUGCAGCUACACCUGCCAGUCACACCUUGCAGGCAGAGAGAAACACAGCACAAAACACAACACCUUCCCACAGCCACUAUGGGUAUGACAGUGUAGCCAUCCUCCGGCCGUGGAAGAGUGGAACUAAUCUUUACACCGGUGGAACUGCUGAGGGAGUCAUGGACAUUUGGUUGUCCGUUGCACAAUUGUUUUGUGCAUAUAGAAAGAUUUUUGAGAUUGUGUUAUCUAAGGCAAUAUUUGCUCUUGAGGACUAUCCAUGUCUUGUUUAUGAGUGAGGAUAGGAUGGAGCAGGAGAUGAAUAGACUGGAGCUUCGGCUGUAGUAAUGCAGGCACUGUUUCGUGGUGAAGAAAGAGCUGAACCAUAAAGUGGAUCUCUUGAAAAAUCUGUACAACUAAGUUUUAUUCCUCUCAUAUGAUAAUAAGAUACGGGUCAGGACAGAAAAAAAUGAGAUCUAGAGUACAAGUGGCUGAAUGGGCUUCCUCUGUAGGUGCACCAUAAGAGAUAGGGUUAAGAGUUUGUAAUACAUCUGCUGCAAUUAGACAUCAAAAGAAGUCAACUGAGGUGGUUACGGGCAUAAGGGAGCCUCCCUUUGAAGGCUUUCGGGGCAUCAUGUCCCACUUGAUGAAAACUCGAAUGACCAAGUACUGACUGGAGGGACAAUACAUGUUUUCUUUCUGACCUGGGAACACCUUGGGAUCCACCUGGAUGAGUGGGCCAGUGUUCCUGGGAGGAGGGAUGUCUGUGUCUUCAUCUCAGAGCUGUUACCCCAAUGACCCAAUCCUGGACAAGAGAAGGACGAUGGAUGUUGACAGUAAUACAAUUUCUUAGUUUGAACAUUGUAUAUGUUUACUAUGUCCUAUUGUGCAUAAAAUAUGGAUUUAGAAGAUUUGCUAAUUAUUGCAUUGGGAUUUUAUUUACAUUUAACACAAUCUCAACUUUUUUUUUAAUUUGGGUUGUAUAAAUAAAAGGUACAUAAAAGCUUGUGAGACUGGAAUUUUAAACUGAGUGUGUGUGUAUGUCAAGAAAAACUUUUACUUUCUUCUGUAUAAUUUGUGUAGACAAGCAGAGGAAAAGGAAGUUUAAAAAAAAUCGGAAAAUGUGGAAUGUUUGCCUUUUUAAAGGAGAGCAUUCAGGCUAACUGCACUAUGUAGUGUCCUACACAUGAGUGAUGAUGUACAGUAGGGUCAGAUGGGGAUAUCACGGCUUUUAUAACUGUUGUUUAUGCCAGCAUUAAAAAAAAAUGUUGCUCAAGAAUAUUAUCUUAUCUCUAAGGUAUUACAUAGUAUUAUCAUCUUUAUUACUGUUAAUAUGUUAUGGUGAAUUGAAUGAUGAAAAAAUACGUGCCAUUUUAGCUUUUCUUUCUGUGUUUUUUAACUGUGUAGCGAGCCAAUUGGCUGACCAUAAUGGUGCAAUCAUAGCAACCUUGUCCAAAAAAAAAUAAAAAUAACAAUGUUCCUUUUGAUGUAGGUGAUGUAGUUACAGUAUUGCAUUGUUUAGAGAGCAAAAUGCUUCUGGUUUUAUACAUGUUUUAAAACUUUAUUGUUUGCAUUUAUGUUAGUAGUACUGCUCUGGCUUGAUUAAAACCACUCAUUUGUUCAAAUUCAGCAGAACUAAUAAAGAUAUGUGAAUUAUUCA